CUUUUAUCCAUGGGUACCAACAGAAGUGUUUUUCUAUCAAUCUAACCUGUUCCAAUGAAAAUAUUCAAAUUAAGUAAUUUUUUAUACAAAUACGAGGUAUUAACAAACUUCUUCAGACACCACAACCGUCGGCGAAUCACCGGCCCCACCAAUAUGGUUAAAUUUUUAGGCCAACAAGAAGCUAUUAAUAUAGACGUUGAGCUUUUUAAUGAAUAUAAGUACUCUGUGGACCAGCUUAUGGAACUUGCUGGGUUAAGUUGUGCUGUAGCAAUAUCAAAGUGUUAUCCAAAUUCAUUGAUUGGAAACAAGUCAAUUUUGGUCUGCUGUGGGCCUGGUAAUAAUGGUGGUGAUGGCUUAGUUUGUGCAAGGCAUUUAAAACUCUUUCAAUACAACACAGUAAUUUAUUACCCAAAACAAACCGAUAAGGUUUUAUAUCAUAACUUGACACAUCAAUGCACGUCUAUGAAUAUUCCAGUGUUGCAAAGUUUGCCGGAAAAAUCAACUAUUGAGACUGAGUUUGCUUUGAUAAUAGAUGCAUUGUUUGGCUUUAGUUUUAAACCACCAAUCAGAGAAGAAUUCUUACCUGUGUUGCAAUUAUUGACAAAUACUAAUGUACCCAUAGCAAGUAUUGAUAUACCAAGUGGUUGGAAUGUUGAAAAUGGUCCUCCAGAAAAAGGAAUAAAACCAGAAUUACUGAUUUCUUUGACUGCUCCCAAGAAAUGUGCAUCAUUUUUCAAAGGAAAGUAUCACUAUUUGGGUGGUAGAUUUGUACCUCCAAAACUUGAGGAUAAGUAUGGACUAAAUUUGCCAAAAUAUUCUGGCACAGAAUGUGUUGUACCCAUUAGUUAAGAU